AUGGACCCCAAGGGGCCCCCUGUGCACAGACUGCUCCUGAUUUGCACCUGGAUUCUGACGACAGCUUCAGGCCAAAUGAACUUCACAGGCGACCAGGUCCUUCGAGUCCUGGCCAAAGAUGAGGAGCAGCUGUCACUUCUCAGGAAUCUGGACAUCAUAAAGCCCCAGAAGGUGGACUUCUGGCGUGGGCCAGCCAGACCCAGCCUCCCUGUGGACAUGAGAGUUCCUUUCUCAGAGCUGAAAGACAUUAAGGCGUACCUGGACACUCAUGGCCUCCACUACAGCAUCAUGAUCAAGGACAUCCAGGUGCUGCUGGACGAGGAGCGAGAAGCCAUGGUGAAGUCCCGCCGGCUGGAGCGCAGCAUCAGUGGCUUCAGUUACUCUUCUUACCACACCCUGGAGGAGAUAUACAGCUGGAUUGAUAGCUUUGUAACAGAACAUUCAAAUAUUGUUUCAAAGAUCUACAUUGGCCAAAGCUUUGAAAACCGCUCCAUUCCUAUCCUGAAGUUUAGCACUGGCGGUUUUCAGCGUCCAGCCAUCUGGAUUGACAGUGGGAUUCACUCCCGGGAGUGGAUCACCCAUGCCACCAGCAUCUGGAUUGCCAAGGAGAUUGUCAGUGUAUACGGCAAAGAUGACGUCCUGACAGACACACUGAAGGACAUGGACAUCUUCAUCGAAGUUGUCACCAACCCUGAUGGGUUUGCGUACACCCACAGCAUGAACCGCUUGUGGCGGAAGAACAAGUCUGUCAGACCUGGAAUCUCCUGCAUCGGAGUGGAUCUCAACAGGAAUUGGAAGACAGGGUUCGGAGGAAAUGGUUCCAAAAACAACCCCUGCUCAGAGACUUACCACGGGCCGUAUCCUCAGUCAGAACCCGAGGUGGAUGCCAUGGUGAAGUUCAUCCAAGCCCACGGGAAGAUCAAGGCCCUGAUCUCCAUCCACAGCUACUCUCAGAUGCUCAUGUACCCGUAUGGCUACAUGCUGGAGCCUGUUCCAAACCAGAAUGAGUUGUACCACCUGGCCAAGCAGGCUGCGAAGGCGCUGUAUGAGGUCCAUGGGGUGGAGUACAUCUUCGGCAGCAUCAGUACCACCCUCUACGUGGCAAGCGGCAUCACCGUUGACUGGGCCUAUAAGAACGGCAUCAAAUAUGCCUUCAGCUUCGAGCUCCGCGACACCGGGCGCUAUGGCUUCCUGCUGCCAGCCUCACAGAUUGUCCCCACUGCCCAGGAGACAUGGAUGGCUAUCCGCACCAUCAUGGCACAUACCCUGAAUAACCCCUACUAA